CUGCCCCACACGUCAGUCAGGCUCGUGGCAGUGACGUCACCGCGUCUGACACACGCAGCUUUUCCCGCGUGGUGGCGACAGAAGCAGCCCAGAUUUAGUUUUGUGAUAGAUCGAUGAUGUGGACAGUGAAGGCAGUCGGCCUCGGGGUGGUGGCCCUCUCUCUGAGCUUGGAGCUGUUCGUCUGGUUCCUCCGGCGCUUCAAGCCUAGACGGACCCUCCACGAGGUCCUCUUCUUCCCCUCAGAAAUGGCCUGUGUGGAGCACAUCUUCAUCCCCUCUUCACCACAUUCCUGUUUAUGCCCAUUGCCUCAUGGCGUCGAGACCUCUUUCUCCCGUCUUCUCUGCCGCAUCCUGUCGGCCAAGUCCUCUUUGGACUUGUGCAUUUUUUGCUUUUCGAACAUGGAACUAUGCAGGGCUGUACUAGCGCUGCAUAGCAAGGGUGUAACCAUCCAAGUCCUCACUGACCAGGAAUACGCUCACGUCACUGGCUCCCAGAUAGGGGUCCUCCGCAAGGCCGGGAUUUGUGUGCGCUGUGACGUGGCUUCCGUGUACAUGCACCACAAAUUUGCAGUGGUGGACGGUCGGCUGCUCAUCACUGGCUCCCUCAACUGGACGCUGACAGCAGUGCAGAGCAACAUGGAGAACGUCCUCAUCACGGAAGAGCCCGACCUGGUGCGACCCUUCAUCAGAGAGUUCCGCAGGUUAUGGGCGGUCAAUGAUCCAGCUCGAAACCAUCACUCAGUCGACCAAAAACCUGCUCACGUUGUCGCUAGCACUAGUGAGUAGUCACCCACGAUGGGUACUUAAUCACACUGUAGAAGGUCUGUAUGUGCAAACUGUGCAGUCAGCUUGGUGAGAGAAUACCUCCAGAAUCAAUAUUUUCUUGUUAUAGAGUUGUUACUUUAAGUUUAUGAAGAUUUGUUCAAAUGAAGAUGUUACUGUAGAAGAUAACAGGAGUUUGAAGCCGUAGCCAGAAGAGAGGCCUGGUUUUGAAAGUUUUAUCAGGCUGAAUCUGGUUUAUUUUUGUAUAACUUUUAUUUCACUGUGUACAAAAACAUGUGCUGUUGAAGCCGUCCACUUGGCAGAGACCUAAGACAAGGAUAAUUUCCACUAUAUAGUUUGGCUUUUUUAAAGAAAUGUAAUCCCCUGUUUCCUUAGUUGAGAACAUUUCUUAAGUUUUUAUAUCCUUGUUUAUAUUUGUAUAUAUUGUGUCACAGAUUGACAGAAUGUUAUAACAGUUGUUUUUUUGUUUUUUAAAGAUUUCCACUGGUGACUACAUUGAUCUUGUUCCCACGUAGCCAUCACAUAAUCAAUAAUCUAUUAUUUGAUAUACACAGACUUGUCAGAUGGUUGAGGUUUAAUCCUUCUUUUGAAAUCAGUCCACAAUUCAAUUUGUUUACAGUAGCUCUAGAUCACACUGGCUGUAAAAACCCAGGGUGUGCUAUACUGCUGUGUCAGAUAUGCCAAAAAAAUAUAUAUAACUCUUUCCUGCUGCAGUUUUGGGAGGUCAGUUGCAUCAUUGCCUCACAGCAGCAGUUUUUCUCCUGCUCCAACAUGAUUCACUAAGUUUCAUAUUCACAGAGACGCCUCACAGCACAAAUACGCACUGGUAUUCUCUGUGUUUAACAAUACACGCCUUUGUGGUCUGCCUGUAGAGUUGAUCUGGUCUCGACAUGAUAAAUGUGCCUGGGUGCAUGACUGCAAUGCUCACAGUCAGACCGAUGCUUGUCAAUAAAGACCAUAACUGGUUUGUCUAACU